UCCGACUUAAUAUAAUGUGACACCUCAUACAACGUGACCUCGCCUACGGUGAAUGAGCGGUGAUAUACUAUGCCAAUAUUUAUAUGAACUAUUUGUCAUCUGUAAUGGACACGUUGACAUACUUUUGUACUAUCGUGACAGUGUGAAAAGGUUAAAAUAAUCGGUUUGUUGUUUUUGCUGUGGUUGCAUCUGGUAUCAUCAUUUCGACAUGUUGCGACAUCUCGUAUCGACAUCUUGUUUGUACAAAGUAUGGAAAAGCACUAAUUAUGUGCUAUCCCGUGUCAUCAUGCGAGAAGCAACCAGGGUUUCGCCGCUCCUCGGUGCCUGCCAUCCCCACUACGCCCUAUGUCGUCCCUCCAGUACCGAGAGUCCACAGAAACAGGACGACUUGGACUUGGACAAAUGGAAAUCAGUCAUGAAGUCCCAAGCUUGUGCAGUUGAGAAGGAGGAGAAGGAUGCGAGUGACGAUAAGCAAACUGACGGGGAUGGUCCGAACAACAGCCUGGAGGCCACUCGGGAGAUGGUUGCGUUUUGGCGUCUAUCUAAUAUACAGGCACCGCAGGAGAUGACGGAUGAGGAGUUAAAAGAACUGGCAAAACUCACCACAAAGUCUGCUAGAAAGAAAUUCCUCAAGUACCUGGCCAUCAAGGAAGGUCAUAAAAAAGCGCGCAAGCAGCAGAAGCAGCAGAAGGCGGCGGCGAGGGAGGCCUCGCUCAAGCAGAAACGAGAAGAAAACGGGGAACAGAAAGAAUGCAAGAACACAUACCUUCUCCAGUUCUGGAGCCGGAGCUUGGACCGUUUGCUGGCCUGGAGGAGCGCCCAGGCCAUGCGGUUUGACCAGCCUCUGGUCCUGGACAUGAGCUACGAGUCCAGCAUGUCCAGGCGGGAGAUUGUAAACACGAUCUCCCAGCUGAUAGAGCUGGAAGCCUGGAACAGACGCGCCAACGAGCCCUACCAUCUACACUUCUGCAACCUCCAGCCGGGCGGAGACUACAUGGCGGAGCUCGUCAAGCGCUACGGCGCGGGCGUCUGGGAGCGCCUGCUCAUCACCAGCACGGACCGCCAGGCGGUGGACCUGUUCCCCGCCGACCGCCUCAUUUACCUCACCGCAGAUUCCCCCAAUGUGCUCCGCAAAUUUGACCACUCCAAAGUCUACAUUGUCGGCGCCCUGGUGGACCGGUCCAUCCUCUCCGGCGUGUCUUUAGCCAACGCCAAGCGUCAGAAGCUGGCCACGGCCCGACUACCGCUGGACGAGUUCCUCCACUGGGAGACGGGCGCCAAGAACCUGACGUUGGACCAGAUGAUGCGCAUCAUGUUGACCAUCAAGGAGACGGGGAAAUGGGAGGAGGCGCUGAAAUUUGUGCCGAAGAGGAAGCACGGGACCGAUCUGGCGUCUGGAGAGAACGGGAACAGGUCUUGGCAGUCCAAAGGGCAAAUGAGUAAAAAUACUUUCAGACGUGAGGAACUCGGUACGUUUAAAUCCCAGAGGAAGUCUGGCGUCAGUUGGAUGGACAAAGCAAGAAUCGGGGAAAAAUCAGCAGAACCGAGAGUACGGACGUCUCUCAAGAGCGGCAUGGAAGGGAGGCGUGAAGGCAGAAGCAAGUUAUGGUGGGACGAUUCAUGAACACAUUUACAAAGUCAAAGCUCAGCCAAUAAAUAACUGGAAUCAUUUGUUUAUACGUUUUUGCAAAGCACUCACCCGAAUACUUUAUUGUCAAAGAAUGCUUUACAGAUGGAAUAAGAAAUUAUUAGGGGUGUAACGGUACGUGUAUUUGUAUUGAACCGUUUCGGUUCGGUUCGGAGGUGUACCGAACGAGUUUCCACACGGACAUAUUAAGUAGCGUAACGCACGUUGUGUAAACAAUGCACACUGAGGCACAACACAGCGACCGGGCUAGGAUAGACUGACCAUACGUCCUCUUUUCACUGGACAUGUCCUCUUUUGCGGAGCUGUCAAGGCGGAGUUUCUUAAAUGCCUCAAAUGUCCAUUUAGAGUUAGGGUUGCAUGUAUUUUCAAUGUGCGUUCAGGGUUAAGAAGGGGUUAAAAACAAAAUUGUGUGCAAAGCAGCAUUGGUGAGGGAGGGGCAGAGACAGAGAGAGAGAGAGAGAGUUAUGAUAAACGCGCAUGCGUCGCCAGGUUCUGCUUUUUAUCCAUAGAUUUAUCACAUUUAAUUUUUUAUUAUCUAUAGCAGGGGUGUCAAAAGUGUGCCCCGGAGGCCAUUUGCGGCCCACAGCUAAUGUUUUAAAAGGCCCACGGCACAUUCUAAAAAAUACUAUUAAAAUAAACAAAAACAUAACAAAAGUUAAAUUAAAAAAAGGUUAAAUGUAAUUUAGAAAAAGUUGCAAUGUUGACUAAUAAAACAAAGCUGUUUUUUUCUUUUCUUUCAAACUGUCAUUGCUCAAAACAUAAUAUUGAAUCAAAAUCAAUGUUAUUAUGGAUUAUUGACCUAUCCAAGGUUCCCAUUACUUCACAUCAAAUAUUCCACUAAGAACAAUAUUUUUUGGUUGAAGAUUUUGCAAAUUUGGUAAAUAAAUAACCCAA